AUGUCACACAGGUCCAUCCUUGGUCUUCCUACCGAGAUUCUUAGCCAGAUCCUUUCUAUCUGUGAGCAAGUUUCCCAGAAGGGAGAGUCUCAUUGCACUGCCCCUUUGCUCACCUGCCGAAAGCUCUACCAUCUCACACUUCCCGUCCUUUACCGCGACCUACGGUUCACCUACUCCUCUCAGCCGCGGACAAGCUACCUGCACCGGUCUCUGGAAUCCGAUCCGAGCCUAUAUCUGCUCGUCCGGUCUCUAUUGUUAGAUCUGCGACCGAAGAAUCCAGGCGAGUAUAUCGCGCUCGACGACUAUGUGGCGGCCGCCAAUGUGUUAAGCCGGUGUGAGGUGCUCCAUUCGCUGCAGAUCUGGGGCACCGCCUUCCUGUCGCCCGAAGACCGGAAACCUUACCAGAUGGAAGCGCCGCCGGGCCGAUCGCCAAUCGACCUCUGCCGAUGGGAACUCUUGCAGUAUGCUCUCUUCCAACGCCCCACAUUGCGGAGGGUGGAGAUGGCCAGCAAUCGAGAUUCGCCUGGCCAUGGCUUCAAGCUCCGCUUGGAUUGUCAGGUGCAGGCCCGUGAUUUGCGGUUGUUGCCGGGUAGGGGCAUAAACCUCCCGGUGCCAGGGACGACUCCCCAAGAAGAGAUUAGGUUGCGAAUAUUACGGAAAAAAGAUGAUGCAGGUAUGCAGGGGGACGCCCGCCGCCGCUUGAUUGACUUCAGCAUAGCAUUCGGGCCCGGCCACGCCGGCAAGGAGUAUGAAUGGAGGAACUUCGAGUUUACCCUCGUCUUCUUCUGGAUGAAGCAUCGUCCGCACAUCCUCCGGCGCCUGGUUCUUGGAGACUUCAAGCCCCCUCCGCUGGUCAAGGAGUUCCAAGCGGCAGCGUACCCCAACCUACACACGGUUGUCUGUCCGCCGGCCCACGUGAAGGAGCGCAGGCGUAGGCAUAGCCCGUACAAGCCGCCCUCUGAGGUGAUCGAUCAGCUUCUGGGCCCGUCGGUGCAUACGCUUGUGUUCGACCUGACCAGCGAUGACCAGCACAUUGGACUGUCUUCUUCCGCGUUCGGGGAGCCAGAGGAGCGGUGGCUGCGGGAGCUGGGCCAGCUCGCCGCCGCCCCGGACCGAAACUUGGCGCUGCGGACGAUCUACAUCGACUUUAAACCAGACCCAGACUGUGAACAGGGAUUCGAUCCAGCGAACUAUGCCUGGGACCGUCUAGUGCGAUUGCAAAGGCAAUUGCAGCCCUUGGGGAUUAGCGUGGAGUAUCCUGCACCUUCGAUGACGCGAGAGGAGUAUCACGAGCUGUGUCGCCAGCAUCAAGAGUGGAUUGCGGAUGAAACCGUGAGAAGAACGGGGUUAGAACCUCCAGAUAAUAGCGGCGGUCUCGAAGUGUAA